AAAUAAUUCUCCAUCAAUUUAGUUCUCAAGUUUCAUGAUCUUGGUCGCUAAUAACCGGGAAAUAUGAAAAGGAAUCUCAACCGGAAAGUACCGAUUAUUGUGUAACCGGUUCAAAUCAUUUUUGGGCCGUAAUAAUGGGCCGAGAAUCCAUAGCCCCAUAUCGCGUGACGCGUGUUCGAAACGCGCCGAUGACACAAAAAGCCAAUAAAUUCUCGGAGGGAAAUUUGUGAAAAGCCCUAAACUUCAACGGAAACCCCAAAAUCCCCAAAUCGAGAGAGGUUAAAGAAACUUCAAUUUCUCUUUUCUUGAAGUGAUCGGCAAGAGAUGGCGGUGGACGGUGACGGAACUGUUGGUGGUGGAGAUUCUCAACCACCGGUGACUACUGCGGCGGCGACGACAGAGAUGGCUAUCGCGAGGCUGAGUCGGUUUCCUAACAUGGAGCAUAUUUCUGAUAACUACGAAGAUCUGAAACUGGAAUUUAGCUCUUCCAUGUUAAGCUCGCUAGAGAAGUACUUGCCGCCGGCAAUGCUCACGGCGAACAGAGAAGAGAAGGCCAAAUUCAUGUCAGACAUUUUGCGCAAGUACAUUUCCCGCGAAGAAUGUUCCAAAGCUAAUUGGCGCAAGACCUAUUCGCAGAGGAUAAAAUCCAAUUAUCAGCCACUUUGCAGGGAGUUGUAUAAUUUUGAUCCCGAAUUGUUUCUGCUUCCCUCUUUCCGAAAGGCGAUCAGCGACAACACAGAGGAAAGCUUCAGACGCAUCAUUUCUGAACCGUUUCCUGGUGUUUUUGUCUUUCAAAUGUUUCAGCCUGAUUUCUUUCAGAAAUUGAUAGUAGAGGUAGAAAAUAUCAAAAAGUGGGCUCAUGAGAAAAAGUUCCAAAUUAGGAGACCGUACCACACGAGUAGAUACGGUGUUGUGCUUGAUGACUUUGGCCUGGAUAUCAUGCUUAAGACACUCAUGGAGGAUUUUAUCUUUCCUAUUUGCAAAGUAUUUUUCCCUGAACUGUGUGGAACAAUGUUUGACUCUCACCAUGGAUUUAUUGUUGAAAAUGGUGAAGAUAGGGAUGCUCCAUUAGACCAUCAUUUUGAUGAUUCAGAAAUAACAUUGAAUGUUUGUGUGAGGAAACAAUUUGAGGGAGGGGAAAUAUCUUUCAUUGGCACACGGUGCGUGAAACAUAUGCGAACAAAUAUAAAGCCAGAGGAAGUUUUUCAUUACAGUCAUACACCGGGUCAAGCUAUACUUCACCGUGGCCGCCACCGCCAUGGUCCCAGAACCACCACAAAUUCUUGUUCUCGGGCCAAUAUGAUUCUUUGUUGCAGAAACUCUUUGUUUAGAGAGAUGGAAACUUAUGAGAAGGAAUUCCCAGAGUGGUGCGGUCAAUGCGCCCAUGAAAAGAAAGAAAAGGAAAGCCAGAGUCUUGCUGCCAAAAGAAAGGGGAUGAUUAGAAUUGUGGGUGGAGGCAAAGCUCGAUGAAACAUAACACAUAGCGUACACAAUUGGUCAAGCCCUGAAGUUUUUGCUUUUCCCUUUUUUCAACUCUUUACUUGAGAAACUGAGUAUAUGUAGAAUCAUUUGAUGUAAAUACGUCUUUGUAUAUUGAAUCUUCUUGUCUCUCACACUACUAUGUACACGAGAUUUAAUUGUACAAGGAACCAUAUAAUGUAGAUCAGAUUGCUAUUUUUUUUUUCUUGA